AUGUCAAAACAAUAUUUCUUUAAAAGUAUAUUGGAUGUACUGAAAGAUAAUGGAUUUCUUGCAGCGUGGGAAUUUCUGGAGUCAGAGGUGUUUCAAAAUAAUUGGUUUGCAAUUGUCUUCAUAAUUUACCUGGGAAUUGUUUUUGAGAUGGUGUUUAUAAAGAUUUGCACAUCCUUGCAGAGGAAAUCUGCCCUUUCAGAAGAGAGGACUUCUGAUUCCGAGGAGGUGUUCUACUGCUGUUUUGAAGGGAGUAACUCAUCUCUGUCAAUGAUUCAUUCAGAUAUAAAAAAGAUUUUCCUGAGCCAUCAACACCAUCCAGAAAAGGAAGACGAACCAGUACGGUUUUCAUCAAAUAAAUUGUUUUCAAUAAUGAAAACCAAAAAUCCCAAUACUUUAAUGUAUUCUUCUAACUAUAGAUGGACAAAGACCUCUACAGUUAGUCAAGAAAGUGAAACUCCUGAGGUGGCCUCGUGCUCUUUUGUUCAUUUAUUUCUCACUAGAGACCAAAUUAGUCUUCUGGAAGAAAAUGUGAGAAAUCAAAUUUCUUUCAAAUCCAAAGUGACCCUUAAGGGUAAAAUUUCUUUUCUGCUCCCCAAAUCUCAAGAAUCAUUGAUUCAGAAACAACAUUCUGUUCAUGUGGAUACUUUGGUCCAAGCACAAGAUUCUUUCCCUGGACAAAAGACUAUUAGGAAUCAAAGCUUUUAUGAAGCCAAAUUAACUUGUCAGGGGCAACAGUUUGUUUACGACCAAGAAUCAAUCGGUAGCCAGCAUGACACAGAAGCCAAAUGCUUGGUUCUGCCACAAGAUGUGAAAAGAAACCCAUUUUGUAGCAGCAUGCAAGAGUCCACUCGGGCCCAAGAUGUAGACAGGAGCCUACAUUUGACUGAUACCUCAUGUUCUGUUGAGUUUCAAGAUUUGAUCGAGACCCUAGAAUCUAAUAAACACUUAGAUGAGGCUCAAUCCUAUAUUUGUUUCCAAGAUUCAAACAAAAUUAAAGAAUCAACUCAGAAUCAAGCUACUAGGUACAAGAAUUCCAGGCAUCUGGUUUCUGCUGUAAUGCCAUAUUUGGUUGCCAAAGAAACACCACGACUAAAGAGCAUGAAGAAAAAGGACCAACCACAAAUUGCUUCAUCAAAAUUAAGGCAGUAUUCUCCAUAUGACUCGUUACCUCUUUUUCCUACCAUUAAAAAACAGAAAAGGAAAGCCGUAUCAAGUAUAGCUCUGUGUCUUAUUUAUAUUUCCAGGCCAGUUCUUCCUUAUAUUAAGAAGUAUUCCAAAAGAAAUCUAGUGAAAGUUGUGCUAGGCUUAAUGGUAUGUAAAGAUUUUUUUCUAAAGCAAAAUAAGUCACCAGAUGUAGAAAAACACUCUAUUGAGAAAAGAAGAGUCUCAUGCAAUACUGUUAAUAUAAAGCGGCUUCACAGAAAUAAAAAGGGACUAAAGAACAUUUCACCAAAAGGUUCACUUAAGCUAGAACAAUCUCUCAUGGACAAUACUCAACGAAGUGCAACUUGUUCUGCAAAUUGGAAUGAUCAAGAGUCUUUGAAAGACCCACUUCCACAAGCAAUCAAAAUUGAUAUUGCAGAGUUUUGUGUCCCAAGUAGUAAAACAACAUCUGGUCAGCAUGAUCUAGAAUAUGAGACAUUUUUUAAUGGAAUUAUAUCACGACUGAUGCAGAAAUUGAUUUCCUCUUUCAAAAUGGAAUCAAACAGAAGACUGAAAACAAUGAAGAUGUUAAAAAGUUCAGAAAAUUCCCAUCUUCUAGUCUCAAGUGGAGAAAAGGUACCAAUCAGUAAGCCAGAUAUAGAAACGAGCUUUCCAAAGGGGAAUAUACAAAAUGACUUUAUGAAAACUGCUCUGAAAUCUAUAGAUAUCAAUUCAUUCUUUUCACUAGGAACCCAAAAGCAUGGAAGUUGUGAGCAAUUAGAAUGUGUAAAAAGUGAAGAAAGUACAGAAGAUAAGAUUUUGAAGGAAAAGAUACCAUCCAUACUUAAUAUUACAGAAUAUGGUAACCAGAAUUAUGGAAUAAGUGAUAGUGAAGAAAUGGAAUGUCAACCUAGAAGCAACAUAAAAAAUACACAAAGUGAUGCAUUUCACAGCAUUCCUUAUUCUAUUUCUGAACUUCCUGCUUUGGAAAUGGAGAACAGAUUAAAAGCCAAGACAGAUAUAUUAAGAAUAACAGGGCUCAGUCUUUUAGCAAGGAGGCAAGAAGAAAACCCAAAUGAAAAGAAAACAAACAUGGAGGAAAGAUAUAGAUUUGAGAUGCCCCAAUUACUUGACAAAGAGGAAGAAGCACAAGAAACUGAUUUAUUCUGUGGUGGAGAAGAAAAAGUACAAGCUGGAGAGGAAGGGUUGCAAAACUCUGCUGUACAGCAUCCUUCAUGCCUUCCGCUCUAUCUAGAGGAGAGCCGUCAAAAUACAUCAGAUCUGGAACUGAGCUGUUUUGCACAGGGGCUGCUUAUUGAUGAUCAAGAUGCUCCACAUCAGAUCCAAAACUUCCCGUUGGGCUUGCAAGUCCAGCAGACGACCAAAUGUGUCCAAUCUGAAGCACAGCAGAGCGGUGUAGGAAAGAGGAAAAAUCAAGAGAAAGAACCAGAGGCCAAACUACAAACUCCUCAAACACAAAUAACUUGGGGGACUUGUCCAUGCCCCACGAAGGGGUCCAGCCAAGAUGGGAAUGUGAAGCAAUGCAUAGAGACGCCAAGGAAGAGAAAAAGCACAGAUCCAAAGAAUCCUGUUGCUAUGUUGGAGAAUAUACCGAUUGGUGAAGCUUCCCGUGGAACCACAAAAUGUGGUCCCCCGGUUGGUAGGGACCCUAGAAAUAUUGCAGGUGUUGCGAGAGAAAAGGAAGUGUUAAACAGAGCUUUGUCCAAAGUUGUUCUGGGGUCUUUCAUUAACCAUCUUCUUAUGUCACCAUAUUUGAAGAGCCAAGAAACCCAAAAAUUGCAAGAUGGAGUGAAAGGGGAUGAAGAAGCAGAUCCAACAGAAGUCCUUCAAAAGAGUUUGAACCUGAGAGUGAAUUCAGAUCUAAAAAAGAAACUUAAAACAAAAAAAGAACUUCCUCAACCAACUCCUUCUGCAGAAAUUCUUACCAGGCCUGUUUGUUCUGACCCCACCGAUUCGGCAGAGGUUGAAAAUAUGAAGGGAUGCUUAAUGGUAGAAAACCACUUCAAAGCCUCAGUAGACUUACCAGAACAAGAACUAGAUUCUUUUUCAGAAACUUCAGAUUACUGCAUGCCUGCUUUACCUUGUUCAAAAGUGAUGACUAAGAAAGUACGAUUUUUGCUUACAGAGUGUAAUAAGGGGGCCAAGUCUAUAGAAGAGAAGCCAACACACCUGCCAAAGUUUAGCACUCUAGCUGGAAAGAAUUCAGAACUCAACCUGAAGACUAGUUUGGAGGAUAAGAAGCAGAUUGAAGAAAAUAAAACAUUAGUGACUCUAGAUAAUCGCCAGGGCUUCUUAUUUGAUGCAUAUCAGAAGGAUCAUGACCUUAUUAAACUACACAAGGAAGCAAGACAACUGCAAAGUACGAGUAUUGCAGUGGAACAAGAAACACAUCUUACACAAACUAUUUUGCAUUCUGUUUCAUGCCCCAUAUUGUAUCAAUUUCCACUUGAAAAUAUGGAGAGCCAAGAUGGGUUGUUACCUCCAAAGUCAGAGGAAGCACAGAUGAAUGAAAUUGUAUUUUCCUCCGACGAACAACAUGAUCUUCCAUCUGAUGCCAAUGAUCCAAAAGAGCAAGCUGGUAGUAUUCAAAAGGAAAAUACAACAUCUUUUCAUUUAUCCAGUUUUCAAGAGGGAGAGGAAGAAGAGAGUGAAAAGAGAGUAUUUAAUAAAAUUCAACAGUUCACCUUCCAGUCAGGGCAGAGGAAGACGUCUGACCUUGACAGGUCAAAAGACCAAGGAAGUGAGAAAAUUCUAUUUAUCAUAGAAAAAGUCAUCUCACAAGCCAAUUCAACAGAACUACAAAACAGAUCCAGCAACACAAUGGAAAUUAAUGGACAACAGAAAAAAGAAGAGGAAAACACCCCUAAAUUGUCAUCAGUUCCACACUAUGUCCAACAUUUUAAGUCUGGAGUCCUUUGUGGAACAAAUCCUGGUCCUUGCAAGUUGGAAUCUGAACAGAGUAGUCCAGAAGGGAGAAAUACUUGGGAUUUAUCUUGUCUGGUGGAAAAAGUGAAGCAAGAACAGAGCAUUAGGGAAACUAUUUUGAAAUCUGUUUCUAGAUAUCUCACGGAUUUUUCUCAACCAUUAGAAUUUAGAGACGAGAAAACUAUGAUUCCAAAACAUGCAAGUUUGAAGGCAGAACAGAAACUACCAGUUUCACAGUUGCCUGAUAUCACAAGAUAUUUUACAGGAAGCCAUUGCAAAGUAAAGCAGCAAAAGAAUGAACGUGAGAAGGCAGAGUUAGGAGAAAAUUCAGCAACAGCUCUCUUGGAGCCUUUAGAUUGCUACACAACAGUCUUAUCUGACUCUGAAAGUCAAGUAUCAGAGAAUAAAAUGAUGUUAGAUCCCAUACAUUUAACCAUGAAGAAAAAGGAGCCAUCAAUUUCACAUAUGCUUAAUGGUAAAUUAGCCUCUAAACAUAGGAAAAAUCGUGAGUCCCAUUUAGAAACCAGUAUGAAACUGAAGGGAACAGAACUUCUACAUCUUUUCCAUUAUACUGACCCUGGAACCCAUAACAACAGGCUAGACCUGCAAUGGAACAUAACAGAGGAGACGGUAAACAUGGAGCACAGAAAGGUUAAACCUGAUUUUAUUGGGGCAAAUGUGUGUAACUUUAUCCAUUCUUCACCUCACCUCAAGUCAAAUCAAGAAACUGUUGAUGAGAUCAUCUCAAAUAAUGAAGGAGAAACACAGACACAUCUACUGGUGAAAAAGAAAGAUAGAGUAAGAGAAUUCAAUAUGGGAGGGGUAAAGAAUAUCAAAGCUAUUUUGAAGACAGGGAAAUUAUCAGUGUCACAACACAAUGGAAAGCAUUUGCCCAUGCUAUUGAACACUAUAAAGCAAGAGGGCACAAGACAGGGAGGGGAAUAUCCAUCAGGAGUAAAACCAACAAACAUGUGUCCAUCCUUCCCACUUCUGUCAUAUUCCAAUUUGAAUUCAAGGAUACCAGAAGGAGAAAAGUCAGGAAUACCAAGGAUUUGCCUUCCACCACUCACUUUACAGGCAUUUGGUAGCACCAGGCCAACAUCAUCUGUAGAAUCCACUAAUAGAGGUGAUUUGGGUAAUGGAAUAAAAUCAAGACAUUACUUCUCACAUGGAAAAAUGGAAAAUAUACCAAAAAUGAAUGAUAUAAUGGGUCUCAAAUGUAUUGUUUUUAAAGGAAAUAGAACACCUUUCAAACGCCUACUUUUUGGAAAAGAACCCCAGAGAAUCAACAAAGAAAAUAAUAAAUUAAUGCAGAAAGAUAAAAAUAACCUAGAUAUUUGGCAUAAACCCCAUACUUACAUUUCUUCACCAUACAUGGAGUGGGAUCCAGCAAUAAGAGAAGUACAUGUGCAAGGAAUAAUGAGAUCCAGCCAUCCAACAGUAACACUCCAGGAUGUUGUAUUAGCUACAAUGGGAAUAUGUGAGAAGCCAACUAACAAUAUUGUAAGCAGAAUGAAAAAAGAGGACCAUGUGUCACAGAAAGAUGAAAGAACAGUGGAAAAGACUUUGGAAGAAAUUAGUCCUCUAGAUAGUAUAGCCAAGGAGACAAUGUCUCCUAUUACACAGGGAUCAGAGUUGAUCAAGGAGAAAGAGAAAAAGAUGCUGAGAAAUCCAGAUAAAGUUGAGGUUAUGGAAGAAACAUGUGCUUCCACAUCUUUUCCACAUUACACUGAAGUGGAUAAAAGAACAAAUGAAGAAGUCAUUAUUGUAAAUACAAUAUCCUCUUUCCUGUGUCCAAAACUCCAGUAUGAAUUAAAGACCCCCAAAAUAACCUUUUUAAAGUCUAUCAGUGAUGACAGGUCAACUAGUGUACAAAACACCAACAGACACAUAAUUUUGGAAUAUGAGAGAGAAAAGAUAUCAAAAUCCAUACUUGGGAAGAAAAAGACAACAGCAACUUCACGCGAGAGCCAAUUGGCUUUCCAAGAACAAGAGAAAAGGAAAGAAAAAAUUAAGAGUGAAGCUAGUGUGGUUUUGAGCAAUAGCACUUUUGUACCUACCCCUUCUCAUGUGGAAUCAUACACACAAACAAGAAAGUCAGACUUUCUCAUUGAUUUAGCAAGAUCCCCUCUUCCAAAACCAUCAGAGAGGAAGUCAUUCACAGCAGUGAAAAAAACAAGUAACAAGUCCACUCAGGCUAGAAUUGUUGAUCAUGUCCGAGAAGUAAAAUCAUGUCAGCUGCAGGAGGAAGAAAAUAUAAAUAUACAAGCCGAGGAAGACAUAGAAUACACAAAGGAUAAAGGCAGCAAAGCACUUUUCCAGCACAAACCAUUGAAGCUUCAAGAGCACGGAAGAGGAGAUUCAACAAGUGGAAAAUAUACAAGAAACAGUGGAAAGAGUAAAGAUGAAGAGGAACUAACUCUGACCACACAGAGUUCUGAUUCUCUUGAAAGUGAUCAUGAAUUGGACAUGAAAGAAGAUGAUGUUCAGGAAAUAACAGGAUGUGAUAUUUCACAAGCAUGGCUACAGACAUCAUUUGAUGCAGGGAGGACCCUGCAUGCAAAGUCAAAUGGGGAUGAUAUCUCGGAAGGUGUCAAAAGAACACAACAGCACAAGCCACAGAAUGGAGAUGAUGGAGGAGAGGACACAGUAGCUAUGAGCUAUCUAAUGUACUCCAAAGGUGCCAUUUCCAAGAGACAGGAACUAGGCAAGUCAGACAACAAAGUAUGUACUAAGUCAUUGGUUGAUUGUAGGUUAAUGAAUAAGAUGAAUAAGACUGAGAAAAUGGCCCACAAAUGUAUGGAUCCCAAGGCAAAGAAAUCAUCCCGGGCACGCAGACUAAAUUCCAGGAAAAUGCAAUGGAAAAUUAAAGAGCUUGAGCGAAUGGUGCAGGAAAAUAAAAAUGAUCUAGUUGUGGGUCUGAAGAACAUUUGUAGUACGUUAGUUACUCUACCACAUAUGGGAGCACAAGGUUUGGCACUGGGUGAGCCAGGGGAGAGAACAGAAUUAGGCCCCCUCCUGUGCUCCAAACACCAAGAAGAGAAGAUACGAGAAAGUGGAGCCAAAUCAGGAGAGGUUCUGACCGAGUCUUCUCUUCCAGCAUUCUCCAUUUCCACUCGUGACUUGGAUAACAAAGGACAAGAAGACAGCAUGUUCGUACAUACAAAGACUGCCGUGCAGAGAAUCUCCAGUGUGAAGGAAAGGCCGCCUACAGAGCCCAUUAGUCCCAGUAGUUUGAAAGAUGUUCAAACUGAGGAGGAACAGAAAGCUCAGGAAAGAAAGAGCAGCCAAGAAAGAACAGCAGAGGAGAACGGCAAGAUGCUCUCCGCCCAAAUGGCCUGGAAGUCAAGGACUUCACAGCAUCCCAGUGUACGUCACAGAACAGAGAUGCAUCUCAACAUUGGAGGGAGAAAGCAAAGGAGUUGUGAGGAUGAAAAUCAAUCAUGCAAUAAGCUGCAAAGAAAAAUCUAUGUUUCCCAGCCUCCCCUGAAGAAUCUUAAUUUGGAUAAAGGUACACAGAUUGAUGCAGGAAUGCUUGGUAUUCAAAGACCCUCUGUACAGCCCAUAGUGCUCUUGACAUUAUCAAGCAGAGAGAAAACACAAGCUGCAGAAGAAAAAGGUGAUGGUGGAAGAAAAAAUGAACCAUGCAAGUUCCAGAAAGAAAAGCACGAAGUGAAUUUGAGGGUCAAGAUGCAACCCAACUUUCCCAGGGGUUUGCCAAUUUCACAGAUACUUGAUUCAAAGGAAUUUGUCUUGAAUAUCAUAGAGCAGAAGAAAAAUUUUCCUGGGGAUCGAGAUGACCAGUGUGUGGCUCUCACAAGGACCCUUAUUUCCACCCCAAAAGAGCCUACCUUUUAUUUGGAUCAAAGGAACAGAACUGAUGAAGUCCCAGCAAAGACAAGGGCCUGUCUCCCAAGUGCCAAGAGCUUUUCUCCUUUGGAAGAUGAAGCACAAGAUCCUUUAUCCAAAGCAUCUCCGGGCUCUGCAAAAUCAUGUCAACAUGAUGAGACAAAAAAAGAUCUACAAAGUUAUUAUCAAAUAAACAAAAUGAUACACCCAUGGACAGGAGGAUCACUUGAUAAAACAAGUAUAACAGGCUCAAAUAUCCCCUCAAAUAUGGACAACCAUGUCGCUACACCAAUACGAAGAGGGUUGCCCCAUGAGAGGGAUGCCAAGACCACACUGGGCUCUGGUCUUUAUCUGAAGUUUCCACUUCAACAUGGGAAGCAGAUGACACUCUCAACAAUGACCGUAGACAUGGGAAUUGCAGGUCUUCCACUUGGUCCUGCAUAUCUGGAGGAGGGAAAUGAAAGGAAGAAAGGAGAGAACUUCAGAAAGGACAGAAGCAACACCACGAAACAGAAAGCUCUGCCCGGGAAGGCCCCAAGCCGCCUAAUCCCACAAAAGGAACGUAAAAAAGAACCAAAGGCACCUAAUGCAAGACAAACCAUUCAGCCACAAAAACCGUCGACGAAACAUGGUUUUGUGAACCACUCACAAUAUCCCACUAUUCCUCAUGCUCCCAAUUGCAAUGACCAGGAAGGCAGAUUAACAAUAGUACCUAUGAAAAGAGAAUCAACGCCCCAAUGUCUAACUAUGAAAAUCCGAAACCAUCCGAUUUUACAGCUUCUUGGCAAUGUAGAGGAGCUGGAGUUUCAUUCUAUUGAGCCCAAGGAGAUUACUCUGUGGGAUGAAAAUGGGCGUCCCGACACAAUCUCCCCGUCGGAAGCCAGGUCGCAGGCCCAGUCCAUCUCAGAACGUUUCACCCCCGAAGGAGAAAUGAACCUCCAGAGACACUUGGAGUGUAAGGCCCGGGAGAUCUGUCUGAGUCCAAUCCCAGGGAUCGUAAUGCAGUCCCGGAAACAGCACGCCUUGGGUCCGAAAGAGGAGGCGGCUUCCCCAGGCGUCCAAGGGGGCAGCACUCCCCCACACAGGAGGGUGUGUUGCCUGAGCGUCAACCGCACGGACACCAUCGAGUUGAACCUCACGCACCAAGUCCUCCAGAUGUGCCCGAUUGAGCACAGAGACAAGCUGCUCAUCCACUUCGCGAGAAAAACGCAGGAGUUUCAGGUCAAAUCCUUCCCCAGCAUCGUCAAGGCCUCGCACAGUGCAGCCCGCACCCAGGAGAGAAAACCUUCCUGGAACUGCCUCCAUCCUGAGGCCCCAGACAGAACUCUAUUGCUCUUCGAUGAACAAUCUCUUCAUCAAAUAGAUCUUGAUUUACAGUACAAAUAUUUCCGCUUCCUCCUGAGGUUUCCUGUCCCAAGAAGCGUCCCAAAGCCCAAGGUGCUCCCGAGACACAGUCUUAAACUGAACACAGCUGUGCCUUGUAAAAACGUCCACCAGCAGCAAGCCUCAGGGGGUGGUCUUCCCCCUGACAGAGAACAGGCGGAGAAACCCUUCUCUUUCAAAAACCCGAAUCUGCAAAACUCCUUAUGGAUCAGAAAAUCUCUGAGGUCGCUCCUCGGGGCUGCUUCGGGCCCUGGUGGGAGCAGGCGGGAGCAGAGAGACGCCGCCGGCCUUCCUGCCGAAAAAGACAGACACGGUCGUGUCUGGUUUCAAGAAUCAGCCCCUUCUCUGUGUCCCAGGCCUCAGAAGAAUGCUGCUGAUGUCAUCAAAUUUCAGUCAUUGCAGCCGCCUGAGGUCUUUUCCAGCCCUAAGAUAGUGGCGUUGGAGCAAAGUCUCUCUCCUAAUGUACAGAGCAGUGAGGAGUCCGUGGUGCUGGAGGCCAACUCUCACUUAGGUGAGGAAUCCAAAUCUAUCCUGCACAAAGUACAGAACGGCAUUCCGCUGGAAAAGGCCAAGAUGAAGAAAAUCAAAAUGGAGACGAAGACCCUUGACAGGGACACUUUAGGCCCUGGUCGAAUCUGGGUGUGCAGACACCAUUCCCUGACCAUCACCCCUCCUCACUCCGAGUCCCACCGAGGAAGGAAGCACAGGCUCUCCUCCCAAAGACACCCCUCAGGUUGGGCGCCUGACCUGUCACUCACCCCUAGAGAACCUUCUCGGAAGUCUCCUCUCUCCUGCCCGAAGGAGAAGAGGGUGCGGACUACAAGAAAUAAGACAAGUUGUUCUCUAGUCCCCUUAACCGAAUUGAACCUCAAAUUACAUCUCGCCAGAAGCCAAGGCAGGCCGCCCUGGAGUUAUGAAAGCAAAGACAGGAAGAAGGCCAAGACCGAUCUGUUGAAGAAACAUCAAGGCCACCAGGACCACGGUCAUGGCAGGCCACGAAGUCCCGGGGAACGCCGCAGGAAGAAGACAGGGGGCUACUGUGAACCCGGAGCCCCUCACCAUUGCUCAAGCAGACACAAGUCAGCCCGGAAGUCUCACCCGAGGACCGCUCACGUCUGCUGUGAGAGCAGCCGGCACCCUCCAUUCGUGUACGCCUGCAUCCCGGCCGACUCACUGCAGAUCAUCCCCCAGACCGUGCGCUGGACCAUCCCCCUGCACACGCUAAGGAAGAACAACUUCAGGGCUCCCUUGGUGGCCAAGAUUUCGAGGGCGCUAUGGGGGCCCCCCAGGAAUGUGCUAGAGUCAUUCUUGGACCCCUCUCGUGUGGUUCCCCCAGACUGA